GGUGAAAAAAUAUUUGUUAAGAGCUUUGUACAUCCACCCCACUAUGUAUAAGUUAGAAACCUAUACAGAGCUUUCACCAUUCAUUCUUAGGGACAGGUUCAUCCAUCCAUUCUUUAUCCGACCUCGACAAAUAUGUUUAUUUAUGCACCAGUCAUGACGUUGAUUGCAGCCCUACAUAUGACACAUAAUAUACAUACGAUGAUCCACAUGAAGGUGCCCGACUACCUGUCUGAACUUUGUGUUAUGUCAUUACACCUCCUAGGUACUUUUUCCAAUUAUCCAUCUCCCCCUUCGUAUUCAUCCAUCUCACGUCCCGUCCCAGUCCCAGCCCUAAAGUUUUCUCAAACUGAUGAAGAAGAGGCAGGAAGACAACUGAAAGUGGUGGUUAACACCAAUGAUCCCGAUUACGAACACGUGUAUUCGGUAGAGGACUAUACAGAAGGAAUGGACGAAGGUGGAACGGAAAGCACCCUGCUGUCAGAUGAUACGACUGUAGAGACAGCAUCUGAUGUAAAGAAACGUCGGAAGAGACAGGCUCCGGAACUGGAUAUCUGCCACUUGCCCAUGCUUGAGGGAGACUGUCACAAGUACACCUUGAAAUGGUAUUAUAACCACUUGGUGGGAGAAUGUCGCCCGUUUGUAUAUAGUGGAUGCGGCGGAAACCUCAACCGGUUUGAUGAGAUGGAGCUGUGUACCCUUAAGUGUGUUCACCGGAAAGAAGGUACACUUCAGCAAGACGGAAGCUAAGACCCUACGAAACCGCGGACAAUGAUGUACAUUGUAAUAUUUUUGUAAGAUUCACCUAGUUUGUGAAAAACCAUGUAAGCUGCAAAGUCCAAAAGAUCAAGUUCCUGUGUUGUUCCAUCUGGGAAAUAUUUGUGUAUUUUUAAUAUAAAUAUAAUCACCAAAGAUGCAACUUGUAUUACAUGGUGUACUGUAGAGUUCAGUUUUUAUGUAGCAGAGAAACGGUGCUAUUUUUAAUAAUAUUUUUAUACCCAAAGUGAACGUUUUAUCAAGUGAAGUAUAUUAGGACAUUUCAUGGCUUGCACAGAGGAGCUCCAAAUCCAAACUACUGUUUUACCAUCAGUGUCUCAUUGAUAAUAUUAGCCUUUUUUCCCACCGGAAAACAUUUUUUAAUCAAUAAUUAUUUUUCAAAUCAACA